GUUUCAUUUGUCAAAACUCCCUUUUAUUCUAAACAGAUUGUUUAUUUAAAAGGAAAUUUACCUCUUGGAAGAAUAUUCAGUUCCAUAGUUAACGUUACAACUAUGUCACUAGCGAACUAUUUCCUUAUUGUUUCUAUAUUUUUUGAUAUCUACACUUUGAAAUUGGACGCAGACUGUCAUAGAAGAUGCGAACAAAGCAGAGGACGUAUUGCUGAAAUGAAUUUCAAACACCGAGCUAUGCAGGGACACAGCUUUAAAAAUUAUACACUGUCCAAAAAGUAUGACUGUCAUGUAAAAUGCUUCGAAGAGAGAUGCAAAUGCCAAGCGUACCAAAUGAGACAAAAUCGCUGUGAGUUGCUGGACGAAGACAGAUUUUCUGCUGCUGAAGACUUUCUCGAGGAAAAGGGAUACACGUACUAUGAUAUGAAUAGAGAAUACCUCAACCACCAGGUAACUUAUGAGUUCUGUCAAUCUUAUGAAAAUAGAUAGAAAAAGAGGGAGAAAGUAACAUAGUGGUGUGUUCCGUCGAGAUUUCAUUUCGGUUUUAUUCAUUUUUACCUUGUCAUAGUCACUAAAACAAGAUUCCAGUCUAAAAAAGUUUGGAUGCAUAAACAAUAUCUGGUACUCACUUAAAUAACGCCACUGUUUACUUUCUUAUUUUGGGAAAAGAGGCUUCUUGUCUCCACAAAACAAAAUGGAAGGAGAAAUAUCUUUCGUCACUUUUCUUUUGCUUGAAGCAUGGAAUGAAUUAAACAGGAACUCUGAGCGUCGAACAGUCGUCUUCAUAACCCAUGCAUACAUUCUACAUGGUUUAUAAAGCAGUGAAUUUAGUUCAGUAUAGCAAAUAUUUCGGAGUUUGCAUGCGUGUGAAAAUAGGAAAACCUAAGGGCGGAGCUUCCAUUCGAAAAUAUGUCAAAUAUUAAUCAUAUACAUACAAAAGAGAGGGUCGUGCAAAUAAUAAUAAUAUUAUUAUGUACACCUUUAACAUAUUCUCCCCUUGCACUAUUAGGCAUUUGCAAAGAAGGCUGAAAAAGAGCAACCGUGCAUUAACCAGUGCUGCAAUCAGAAUCCAUGUGCUCACGGAGGCACCUGCACUGAGUUAAGUGAGGACGCCAAUCACAAGUUCAACUGCACGUGCGCAGUGGGAUAUUACGGCAGAUUUUGUCAAAAACGAAGAGCAACAUCUUGUAAAGAGCACCUGCAGAAAAAUGGAGGUAGCAAUUUUGGAGUGUAUCAACUGUCAGACCCAACGACUAUAUCCAUGUACGAAGUCUUCUGCGAUGCCAUCUCUGAAGAAGGAUUCGUUUGGACGCUUAUCGAAUCUUUCAGUCGUCGCAAUAAAGAUGAAUUUGAGGACAAGGCAUUUUUUAAAGACUAUCCGAAAAAUCAGAAAGCUUUUAAAUGGGACAAGUUUCGUCUCUCUCUGCCACGUAUGAUAGCCACAGCAAACCGCUCAACGCACGUGCGAGCAACGUGUAACUUUAACACUGAACAACUUCAAUAUAAAGAUUACUUUAGGGCCAAGUUGAGUGAAAUCGAUGUCCUGCGCCUGAGUUUUGACGAAUGCAAAAAAGUCGAAUUCAUUAGCAUUCGAGGAUAUAACUGCACUGGCUGCACGGCUUUCUUCUUCCAAAAGGACGGUUAUCAUGCACAUAGUGAUUCGUAUUGGGCGCCAGCGGUAAAGUGUCAGUUUACCAGCGCAUCUGCAGAUGCAGUUAAGUCCCCGGGAGGCGAAGAUGACUUCGGGUGUUAUCAAACAGUCAAUCCAGUUCACAGAUGUGUAUCGAGUGAUGAUUCGACCACUCAGUGGUGGUUUGGAGUCCGUCACUAG